CACUACCCGUGCUGCGGCGGCAAGGUUUGCUGCGAGCGGCGGCAGGGCGCGUGCUGCAGGAACCAGAGGGGCGAGCCGUACUGCUGCCUCUACCCCUCCACCUGCUGCAAGCACGGCUGCUGCGGCUUCUGACCGGCCCACUGCUCCCACGCCCAUCUUGCUCCCUUGCUCAUCUGCCACCCGCUUUAAGCCACUGUGCAUACUCUCCCCACAGCCUGCUCUCACCUCAAAAGUUCUCUACAUGAGUCCCAUAUUCAUUCUAGGGUGCUGGGUUUCGGGUAUUUAGGGCUAGGGUGUAGGUGCUCUCCUGAUUUUGCUAGUUGUG